AAAAAAUUAAAAAUAGAGGAAAUGGGGAAGAGAGAAGACAUAGGGAACUCCGCCGGAGAGAAAGAAGCCGCCAAACGCUAAUCCUGCGAUAAAAGGGUCUCCUUCCCUUCCCCAUUUCGUUUCAUCCACCGCCCGUUUUAACUCCCCGUCGCCUUGUUCUAGGGUUUCCAUUUCCUCGCGAGAGGAGAGAGAGAAGGGGGCUAAUGGCGUUCUCGACGCUCGUCCGAUCUGCGACGCCCUUGAUCGGUGGAUCGCGCGGCUGCUUCCCUUCCGAUUCCGGAGCUCAGGCUCGCGAGUCGUUUAAGAUAUCUUGCGUCAGAAGUUCAAUUUCAGCACAGAUCCGUUCAAGUAUUUUUGGUUUAGCUCUUUCUUCUGCGGAAUCAUCAUUGUCACAGAAACCUAGUGCUCGGAGCAUUCAGCCAAUUAAAGCUACAGCUACCGAGGCCCCUCCAGUGGUUCCAAGGUCGUCAACUGGUGGCAAGACAAAGGUUGGCAUAAAUGGUUUUGGGCGGAUUGGAAGGCUAGUAUUGCGCAUGGCAACUAGCAGAGAUGAUAUUGAAGUAGUAGCAGUUAAUGAUCCUUUCAUUGAUGCCAAGUACAUGGCAUACAUGUUUAAGUAUGAUUCGACACAUGGAAUAUUCAAGGGAACCAUUAGGGUUGUGGACGAGUCCACAUUAGAAAUCAAUGGGAAAAGAAUUGCAAUCACAAGCAAAAGAGAUCCAGCAGAGAUUCCUUGGGGUGAUUUUGGAGCAGAAUACGUUGUUGAAUCUUCUGGUGUUUUUACGACAAUGGAUAAGGCAUCAGCUCACUUGAAGGGUGGUGCCAAAAAAGUGGUAAUAUCAGCUCCAUCAGCUGAUGCUCCUAUGUUUGUGGUUGGAGUAAAUGAGAAAACAUAUAACCCAGACAUGAAUAUUGUUUCUAAUGCUAGCUGUACAACCAACUGUCUUGCUCCUUUAGCCAAGGUUGUCCAUGAGGAGUUUGGUAUUGUUGAAGGCCUUAUGACAACCGUUCAUGCUACAACAGCAACACAGAAGACUGUUGAUGGUCCAUCAAUGAAAGAUUGGCGAGGAGGGCGUGGGGCUGGUCAAAAUAUCAUCCCCAGUUCAACAGGUGCAGCAAAGGCUGUUGGUAAAGUUCUUCCAGCGCUCAAUGGGAAACUUACCGGGAUGGCUUUCCGAGUUCCAACACCAAAUGUUUCUGUUGUGGACUUAACCUGCCGACUUGAGAAAAGUGCUUCAUAUGAUGAUGUCAAAGCCGCCAUUAAGUUUGCAUCAGAAGGCCGACUGAAAGGCAUACUUGGGUACACUGAUGAGGAUGUCGUUUCCAAUGAUUUUGUUGGUGACUCGAGGUCAAGUAUAUUUGAUGCAAAGGCCGGUAUUGGAUUAAGUGCUUCCUUUAUGAAGCUUGUCUCCUGGUAUGACAAUGAAUGGGGCUACAGUAACCGAGUUCUGGACUUGAUUGGACACAUGGCCCUGGUCGGUGCCCGCUAUUGAGGAUGAAGGAAUCCAGCGGGUUGCUGCUGUCCACGCGUGGGGGAUCUUUCAAGCAGAGUAGAUUUUGUAAUGCUUCAAUUUUGACGGGGCUGUCCUGUUUUCUAGUCCCGGUAUUGGAAAUAAUGCGCAAUACUUCAGAUUAAAUUUGUAUUGGGACCAGUUACAUUAAUUUUUAAAAGGGAAGUAGUAGUUUCAUCUCUUGUAGGGUGUAAGAUUACCACUGAUGAUGUUUUAUUUCCUGAGAUUGUCUCGUGCGUGUUUUUAAAAAAUGUGCCUAAUGUCAAGAUCCUAUUCAUUCUUAUUGCAC